UUGUAGAGUCUUAUUCCCACUAUUUUCUCCCGCAAACUCCAUCACUCUCUCUUCCCUUGUUUCUCAAUUCUCAACCAAUGCCGGCUUCCAAGACAAUUUUAUUCAGGAGCCAUAUCAGAAAGAGAAAGAAUUGCCACAAGAAGAAACCUGCAUCCAAAAAGCAAGCUUUUGAUGAUUAUAGCAGAAAACAAGAAUCAGCUGAAGAAGAAGAGGAAGAGAAAUUCAUUGACGAAGAAGAAGAUGACGGAUUCAGCUUGAAAGGCUCAGCACCAUCGCAUUCCCAUGGAGUGCAGCCUCUGGGCAACCUUUACUAUAGCUCAUCUCCCCACAAUUCGAGAAACACGGGCCUCGGUAAUCUCCAGACCCUUACUGACGAGCUUGUUCUUGACAUUCUAGGCCUUCUGGAAGGCCCCCAUUUGGGUGUUUUGUCGACUGUGAGUAAAGCUUUUUAUGUUUUCUGUAACCAUGAGCCCCUUUGGAGGAAUCUUGUGUUGGAGGGCUAUAAAGAUGGAUUCUCCUUUACUGGGUCUUGGAAGUUUACUUAUGUUAAUGCUUAUAAGCCCUUGUUUGGUUUUCUCAGUAGUGGGUUGAAAGUUAGGGACUUUUAUUCUGAUUACUUGUUUCAGAGCUGGCUUUGUGCUAAUCUUGAAAUGAAACAUGAAUGGCUUGAAAGGGAUAACAUUAUUAGGAGAAAUGGUAUUUCUGUUGAUGAGUUUGUUUUGAAUUUUGAGGAACCCAAUAAGCCAGUUUUGUUAGAAGGGUGUUUGGAUAAUUGGGCUGCACUUAAGAAAUGGGAUAGGGAUUAUUUGGUUGAGCUCUGUGGUGAUGUCAAAUUUGCAGUUGGGCCAGUGGAAAUGAAGCUUGAAGAGUACUUUAGGUACUCAGAUCAAGCAAAGGAAGAAAGACCAUUAUAUCUGUUUGAUCCGAAGUUUGCAGAGAAAGUUCCCCAAUUGGGAUUGGAUUAUGAUGUUCCAGAGUACUUUAACGAGGAUUUGUUUAGUGUUCUGGGCAAGGAAAGGCCAGACUAUAGAUGGAUCAUAAUUGGUCCUGCGGGAUCUGGCUCUUCAUUCCAUAUAGAUCCUAAUUCCACCUCAGCUUGGAAUGCCGUGAUCAAGGGUUCCAAGAAAUGGGUGUUGUUCCCGCCUGAUGUGGUCCCACCGGGCGUACAUCCUAGCCCAGAUGGAUCAGAAGUGGCAAGCCCGGUUUCGAUUAUAGAGUGGUUCAUGAACUUCUAUGCUGCAACCAAAAAUUGGAAGAAGAAGCCCGUUGAGUGUGUUUGUAAUGCUGGAGAAGUAAUAUUUGUGCCUAAUGGAUGGUGGCAUUUGGUUAUCAAUCUUGAAGAUUCAAUAGCAAUUACCCAGAAUUUCGUGAGCAGUAGGAACUUACUGAACGUCUUGGAUUUUCUCAAAAGGCCAAAUGCUUGCACUCUCGUGUCUGGAACCGAUGACCGGGUGAAUUUGCAUGAGAAGUUCAAGAACGCCAUUGAAGCAUCUCUACCCGGAACUAUCGAUCAUUUGACUCUGAAAGCAGAGGAGAAGAAGGCUCAGUCGAAAAAGCCUUCCUUCUGGGAAUCAGUGACGGAUUCAAGGGCAGGCGCUUUCAAGUUCUCUUUUUAAAGAAGUCCCGAGACUGCGCCAAUCUUUAACCAUCAAUUCAUGUCCCGUCGCUUAUAAUUCAAGGACGUGAGGAAGAACCAACCCAGAGAGUUACCGUUCUCCUAUUCAUCUUACUCUUCCAUUCAUCCUUCUGGGAAACUGAUGAAUUCUUCUAACUGGGAUCUUGAGUAAAGUUUUGAUCAAUUUCACCCAAUUUUUUACUGCAUCUGCAGAUAGGUUGUAUGCUGAUAUAUAUGUA